AUGCUCAGGAGCUUCUGCCUCCAGCUCAUGUCCUUGGUUUGGAUCCUCUUGGCCCAUUACCAGCUUGCCCAAGGUGAUGACUGCAGCGAGCGCUGUAAUCUCGCCCACGGCUGCUGUGACCAGGAUGGGAAGUGCAGGUGUGAUCCAGGCUGGGAAGGCGAGUACUGUGAGGAUUGCGUGCGUAUGCCGGGGUGUCUCCAUGGGACAUGCCACCAGCCUUGGCAGUGCAUCUGUCACACCGGCUGGGCCGGCAAGUUCUGUGACAAAGACAUACACAUUUGCGAACACCAGUCCCCAUGCCAGAACGGGGCUCAGUGCAUCUAUGAUCGAGAUGGGGAAUAUUCCUGCCUGUGUCCAGAAGGCUUCCAUGGGAAGGACUGUGAGAUGAAGACGGGGCCAUGUGAGAAGGCAGGGUCUCCGUGCAAGAACGGGGGGCAGUGUCAAGACGAAAAUGGCUUUGCCAGCAAUUUCACCUGCCGGUGCCUCGCUGGCUUCGUGGGGGAUCUUUGUGAGAACGACGUGGACGACUGCCUGAUGCGUCCCUGUGCCAAUGGUGCCACCUGCCACGAUGGGAUCAACCGCUUCUCCUGCCAGUGCCAGCUGGGCUUCGAAGGGCGUUUCUGCACCAUCAACAUCAACGACUGCGCCAGCCAACCGUGCAAAAACGGGGCAAAGUGCUAUGACCGCAUCAAUGACUAUGACUGCUUGUGUCCUGACCGUUUCACUGGCAAAACCUGCGAGAUCUCCGUCCCUGAGCCCACCUGGGCUCCCCCCUACCACCCUGUGAACCAUGAGAACAGCGGGGGCAUGAGAAGCACCACCAGUGAGAUGCCGGGUGUGACGCAGCCGGAGCCUGUCAGGACCGCAGUCACGGGGCGGCGUGUGGCCAACCACAGCGAGAAAGAGCCGGGGGGAGGGUUGUUGAAAAUCUCUGUGAAGGAGGUGGUAACCCAAAGGGACUCAGGGCUGAGCGAAGCCCAGCUGGUGACAGUGCUGGUGUUCGGGGUGCUGACGGCAGUGCUGGUCCUCAUCACCGUCCUGCUAAUGCUGAGGAACUGGCAGAGGGGCCGUCAGAGGUCGAACUGGUGCCAAAGCCCUUCUCAGGCUGCAAGGAAGCUCCAAGACCAGGAGUGUCAGGUGGGCAUGCUCAACACCAUCCUGAUCGAGCCCAGGAAGACGACGGAGCUGUAA